GCGCGCGGCUCCGGCGGCUACCGCGGGCGGGCGCAGGCGACGGGGACGGCGGGCUAGCGGGCGGCAUGGCGGCGGCAGGGCUCGCGUCAGGGCCGACGGGGCCCGAGCCCAUGCCAAGCUACGCGCAGCUAGUGCGGCGCGGCUGGGGCAGCGCGCUGGCGGCGGCGCGGGGCUGCACGGACUGCGGCUGGGGGCUGGCGCGCCGCGGCCUGGCCGAGAACGCGCACCUGGCGCCGCCCGAGCUGCUGCUGCUGGCCCUAGGCGCGCUGGGCUGGACCGCUCUGCGCUCCGCGGCCACCGCGCGCCUCUUUCGGCCCCUAGCGAAGCGGUGCCGCCUCCAGCCCAGAGAUGCCGCCAAGAUGCCAGAGAGUGCUUGGAAGUUUCUCUUCUACCUGGGCAGCUGGAGCUACAGUGCCUACCUGCUUUUUGGCACCGACUACCCCUUCUUCCAUGACCCACCCUCUGUCUUCUACGAUUGGACGCCGGGCAUGGAGGUGCCACGGGACAUUGCAGCUGCCUACCUGCUCCAGGGAAGCUUCUACGGCCACUCCAUCUACGCCACGCUGUACAUGGACACCUGGCGUAAGGACUCGGUGGUCAUGCUGGUCCACCACGUGGUCACCCUCGUCCUCAUCGUGUCCUCCUACGCCUUCCGGUACCACAAUGUGGGCAUCCUUGUGCUUUUCCUGCACGAUAUCAGCGACGUGCAGCUUGAGUUCACCAAGCUCAACAUCUAUUUCAAGUCCCGCGGCGGCUCCCACCACCGGCGGCAUGCCCUGGCGGCAGACCUGGGCUGCCUCAGCUUCGGCUUCAGCUGGUUCUGGUUCCGCCUCUACUGGUUCCCACUCAAGGUCCUGUACGCCACGAGUCACUGCAGCCUGCGCGUGGUUCCUGACAUCCCCUUCUACUUCUUCUUCAACACGCUCCUGCUGCUGCUCACCCUCAUGAACCUCUACUGGUUCCUGUACAUCGUGGUGUUUGCAGCCAAGGUGUUGACGGGCCAGGUGCGAGAGCUGAAAGACCUUCGGGAGUAUGACGCAGCGGAGGCCCAGAGCCUGAAGCCCAGCAAAGCCGAGAAGCCACUGAGGAACGGCCUGGUGAAGGACAAGCGCCUCUGAACCCCUAGGCCCCGCCCCCGUGGACCCGGCCCCACCCGAAAACCACGCCC